CCUGCGUCCAUCAGCUCAGUGAGAGGACAGUGUAUUGGUCAGAAGGACAAAUGAGAGUUGUGUUGAAGAUGGGUCAACUCGAUCUUGUGGCUGUAAUGGCAGUGCUUUUCACCCUUUUCAUGGAAACUGAAGCAAGUCCAUUUGUUUACAACUAUGAUAGGCUACGAAUUGGAGGCUUAGUCAUUGCCUUUUUGUUGGUGAUGGGAGGACUCAGCGUUUUACUCUAUAACAGAUGCUCCAGAAAGGAAAAAAAAGCAGAGGAUGACAACAGUGAAAUCUGAUACCCACACCUGACAAACCGGUUUCACCCUGGGAGAACAAAGUGGACAGACAGGGGUGGAGAGAUCUGGUGUGUGUGUGUGUGUGUGUGUGUGUGUGUAAUGAGGGGGGUGGUUUGGUGGAAACACACAAGCUCAGAUGAUUCUUGUACAGACCUGUUAAAGGAAAAACCGUUCAUCUAUAAUUGAAAAAUACAAACCGAGGUGCUGCUGAUUUUGACAAGGGUGGGAACGCAGCCUCAUAGAUUGAUGUGAUGAUGUCAUAAGUGAAAAGAUUAAUGAAGCCCCGCCCCCCCCCCCAUGAUUUCUUCAUUUCUAUCUGUACUGAUGUGUAAAUCAUAUAUAUUCACAAAGACCUUUAUUCCUAGAAACAAACCUGCAUGUCUCAUGUGUGCUGCUUAGUUGAGUCACAUAAUGCUGCAUAUAUCUUCUGAAAUUGUGGGAAAUAAAAACAUAACCUUAUGGUUAGUCAUUGUUCACUGCAUGUUUGCUGCAUGAUAAACUAUAGAGUUAUAUUAUCCAACAUUUCCUCAUUGAAAGAAAAAGAAAACAAAAACUUUAAUUUAAUUACAAUAUAAUAAAUGUCGCAUUAAAUCACAA